AUGUCUACAUCACCUAGCGCUAAGAAGUUCAAAAAAUACGCUCCUCCCUCUCCAGGUGCAUUCUCAUCCGUACUUGGAACUUCUAUGCUCACCGAUAGAGAGGUUCUCGAUGGCCUGUUCGAGGACAAGACCACUGUAGGCCUCGGCCUGCCUUCCAUCCCCGAACUUUCCCAGAAGCGCAAACGCGAAUUCAUCGCCUCCGAAGACAAGUCCAACGAGGAGCUCCAUCAGCCUCCCCCGUCCAAGAAAAUUAAGAAUGAUGGUGAAGAGAUAUAUGAAACAAAUGAGCGCCAAGGAGAGGAAGCCGCUCGACGUCAUCACACUCUUGCUGUCGCCGUGUCGAGGGAGUUAUCCAUAGUUACCAGCAAAGUCUUCGAAAGCAUGAAGAAGCAAGCUCACAUCCCCACACCAAAGUACGUUCCAACCGGUCAGGAGCGCCGCGACGAAGUCAAGCUGCUAGCCAAAGAGCAUGUUCGCCAUGUUGCUCCCACUAUAUUGGCUAACAUCAAGACCAACCGCGACGUCGGAGGCAUAAAGAACAAGUUCGACGGGGCCGAUAGCAGGCGCGAGAUUCGGAAAGACCAGAUCAAAACUCCCGAUUUUAAGCCCGAGAAGUGGGUCGACGAGAACGAUGAAGAUACCACUUGGCUUGUCAUUCCCGUUUCGCGGAAGUUUAUCAACACGGGUUCAUCCAUGAUCCCGGUCAUCGAUAUUCUGAACAAGUCCAUCAAGCAUCCUGAGUUCACCUUUGUCGAAGCGAUUAUGGGUGCGCACACGAAGACCGGCAAGGAAGUGAUCAAGGCAUACAAGAUCAAGUAUGAAAAGAUGAGUGAUGAGCAAGCCAUCUCGCGUGCGAAUAGUAUGUUCAAAAAACAGAAGGAGGAAGCGAAGCAGGCCAGAAAAGAGGAAGCUGCACGGAGACGAAGUACUUAG